AUGAAUAAGACGGUGGUCAUUGUCGGCGGCUCUCUGAGCGGACUUAUAUGUGGAGUACAGCUGAAGCGACUAGGCUGCAAGGUCACGAUCCUCGAGAAGGAUGGCUCUGCAGAGAGAGAGAGCGCCCAUGCUGGUGUAGGCUUCAGGGUUAAUGUAGAAACCUUUCUGAAGCAAUAUGAUGUCUCUGGAGUCACAGCAGCCAUCCCUUCUUCGGCUUCUCAAUUUGCGCUCUUCAAGAGGCCCAAAGCACUCGUCACUGGGUCUAACUUGAGAGUCACCAGCUGGGGACACUUGUAUCGCAUUCUACGCGCCAACUUCGAUGGCUUCACUUCGGACUCAUGCCCAACGCCACCAGCGCAGAGAGAGACUGAUGGUGAAGGGCGGUACUUGAUCGGCAGCCGGGUGACUGAGCUGCAGUACGCCGAUGGCAUAGUGACAGUCCGCUACACUGACUCUGAAACCGGUCUGGAAUCACGCAUCGACGCAGACUUUGUCAUCGGCGCCGAUGGAAUUCACUCAACGGUGCGAGAUCUCCUUCACUUACCAAUGAAAAAGGAAUAUGCAGGCUAUGUCUCAUGGAGAGCUACAGUCCCAGAGAGCUUGCUUUCUAAAGAGAGUGCCGAAUACUUCUCCGAUGCCGUUUCAGUAAAUCAAUUCAGACAUUCGUAUAUGAUGUGUUAUGUCAUCCCGACCGACUCAGGAAGCUUUGCGCCCGGUGAACGCCUCAUGAAUAUUGUGUGGUACUACAAUGUCAAAGAAGACUCCGAAGAGUUCAACCGUAUCUUCACUGAUAUUCAUGGCGUGCGCCAUCGGAAUACUGUACCGCAUGGUCUUGUGAAGUCGGAGGAGUGGGAACGAGUCCGGGACGCUUUCAAACCGCGUCUUGCCGCUCCGUUUGUGGAAUUGUUAUAUAAAGUGAAGACUCCUUAUGUGACAAAGGUCAACGACUCGAUCUGUACCCAACCAACGUUCUUCGAAGGCCAUGGCAUCCUUGUCGGUGAUGCUCUCACCACGCUACGCCCUCAUACGGGAUCUGCAGCGGAGCAGGCGGCUUUCCACUGCCUAUGCUUGGGGCCCGUCUGGGAGGGCAAGAAGACACUUGAAGCUUGGUCGCGUGAGGUACGCACCUACUCGAAGCGAUUAUGGUUGAUUGGAAGACUCGUCGGUGCAUUUGGGCAAGGGACCGUUCUGGAGCUUCUCAAAGCCUUGUUUCUAUAUGUUACAUUUCUGAUCAGGUGCAAGGUUGGAUGUUCCGGUAUGAAAUAG